CUCCGCGCCGGCGGAGCCGACUCCGAGAAGGCAAAGGGGAGGAGGGCGACGGUGGGCGUCAAUUCAUCGCCGUCGACCGGCCGGAAUCCGCCACCCGGAGCCCCUCGUAGACACCGCCAAGCCAGCCUAGGACACGCUACACUCGCCCCCUCCCCUCCCCUCCCCUCCCCUCCCUAGGGUUCCCCCACCCCACACACGCACGCACACACGCCACCGCCGGAUGCGAUGGCGAUUCCGCCGCAGACGCCUCCCCAGCCGCCCUCGUGGUCGCGCUCCGUCACCGAGACGGUGCGGGGCUCGCACCAGUUCACCGUCAGGGGCUUCUCCCUCGCCAAGGGCAUGGGCCCCGGCCGCUACCUCGCAAGCGACAUCUUCGCCGUCGGAGGAUACCACUGGGCCGUGUACCUCUACCCAGACGGCAAGAACCCCGAGGACAACGCCAACUACGUCUCCGUCUUCGUCGCGCUCGCCUCCGACGGCGCCGACGUCCGCGCCCUCUUCGAGCUCACCCUCCUCGACCAGUCAGGCCGCGCCCGCCACAAGGUCCACUCCCAUUUCGACCGCGCGCUCCAGGCCGGACCCUACACGCUCAAGUACAGGGGAUCCAUGUGGGGCUACAAGCGAUUCUACAGAAGAUCACUCUUGGAAACAUCCGAUUUCUUAAAGAAUGAUUGCCUAGUGAUGAACUGCACUGUGGGUGUUGUCAAGAACCGUAUAGAAACACCAAAGAACAUCCAGAUUCAUGUUCCACCAUCGGACAUGGGCCGCUGCUUCAAGGAGCUGCUCAGCCUCGGCAUUGGAUGUGACAUAACCUUUGAAGUGGGUGACGAGAAAGUCAGAGCACAUAAGUGGAUUCUUGCUGCUCGCUCCCCGGUCUUCAAAGCCCAGUUCUUUGGUCCUAUUGGAAAGCCUGACCUACGCAGAGUUGUCGUGGAGGAUGUGGAGCCUGUUGUCUUCAAGGCAAUGGUGAACUUCAUAUAUGCUGAUGAACUCCCUAGCAUUCAUGAACUAGCUGGAUCUGUCUCGAUGUGGACAUCGACAGUAGUGGUACAGCAUCUAUUGGCGGCAGCUGAUAGAUAUGGAUUAGACCGGCUGCGUAUCCUGUGUGAAGCGAAGUUAUGUGAUGAACUGACUCCUGAAACAGUUGCGACAACCUUAGCCCUAGCUGAACAGCACCAUUGUGCUGAGCUGAAGUCCUCCUGUCUAAAGUUUGCUGCUGUUCGUGAAAAUUUGGGAGCUGUUAUGGAGACAGAAGGCUUUAAUUACUUGGAGGAGACAUGCCCGUCCCUUCUAUCUGAUUUGUUAGCUACUGUGGCAGUUGUGGACGAUGAUCCUGCAUCUGUUAACCGAAAGAGAGGGGUUUGUGGGAACGAAGGCGCGGCCCCAGUUGAAAGUGUUGAGGCUAGUGAAAGGCGCACCCGGAGGAGGGUUUAGAUGGCUGGUUAGGUGCAAGCUGUCAACUAAUGUAGCUUAAUGCUGCCUCUCUAUGCUUCCCAGGAUCUGUAUGCUAUGGUGGAGAAUGGGAGUUGCAUGAGGUGCUCAGUUGGCGACCAUUCAAUUUGGUCUCCGUAGCUUGUGAAUAAUCUCGUAUCCUGAUGAUUUUGUUUUGCAGAAGUUGUAAAUUUGUUAUUAGCAUGAAAAAUGUAGGUUGCAGGUUGGCAUGUGCGGCUAUGAUCAUCUGUCAGGAAAAAUGAAGGAUUUACCA